AUGACGAAGGGGAGCAGCAUAAAUCAAUCAGACUUGCGAAGAUCUGCAAAUUAUAGACCCAACAUUUGGAAAGACAACUUUCUGCAGUCUCUUACCAGUAAAUAUGAUAUAUUUAUUAUUUUUGCGCAGAAAGAAGAAUAUGCUAUGCAGUUAAAUAAGUGGGUGAUUGAACUAAAAUGCAGUUUUGUUGAAGAGUUGGAGGUUACGCAAAAAAUAGAGUUGGUUGAUUGGAUUCAAAAACUAGGGCUAGCCGGUCACUUUGAGAACGAAAUAGAUGAGUUUCUUCAAAAUAUAUUUGUCUCUGCCCUAGAUUUUAACAAAUUUAGUGUGCAAGAUAAUAUAUACGUUUCUACACUAUGCUUCAGGCUUUUAAGGCAGCAUGGAUACGACAUUUUUCCAGCUGAUAUAUUAAGCAACUUGUUUGAUGUGACGGACAACUCAUUGUCAAGCGACGUUAAAGAUAUUAUAGAGCUUCUUGAGGCCACACAUUUGAGCUUCGAUGGUGAAAAUGUAUUGGAUGAUGCCAAAAUGUUUGCAAUAAGUUGGCUCAAAGAUGCUGCCAGUAACAAACAACUAAUUCCUAAAUAUGAUAUUGAAAGAGUGGUCCAUGCUUUGGAACUUCCUUCCCAUUGGAGAGUACCGUGGUUUGAUGUAAAAUGGCAUGUGAAGCAAUAUCAAACUAAGAAACAUAUGGACCCCAUUUUACUUGAACUCUCUAAAUUAAAUUUUAACAUAACUCAGGCCAAUCUUCAAAAAGAGGUCAAGGAUUUGUCAAGGUGGUGGGAGAAACUUGGCUUGAAAAAAGCGAUGGUUUUUGCAAGAAAUAGGUUGGUUGAAAGUUUCAUGUGUGCGACAGGGGUUGCUUCAGAAGCCAAGUAUAGAUCUUUGAGAAAAUGGCUCACUAAAGUAAUUACGUUUGUAUUAAUGAUUGAUGAUGUUUAUGAUAUCCAAGCCUCAUUUGAACAACUCAUGCCUUUUACGAUGGCAUUUCAAAGAUGGGAUGCCAAAGAACUUGAUGAACUUCCAGAGUACAUGAAGAUUUGCUUCAAUGCACUUCAAAACGUCACACAUGAAAUUGCUUAUGAAGUUGGAGGAGAAAAAAACUUCAAUAUGGUGCUACAAUGCCUAAAGAAAACGUGGAUUGAGUUUAGCAAGGCAUUAUUCGUGGAAGCAAAGUGGUACAAAAUGGGAUAUAUUCCAUCGUUGCAAGAGUAUCUAAGUAAUGCAUCAAUUACAUCGUCAGGGCCAUUAAUUCUAAUCCAUUCAUAUUUUGCUACAAUGCAUGAAUUAACCGAUGAGAUAGUUGAAUUUUCUCACACAUAUCAAGAUUUGGUGUACAAUGUAUCUCUCAUUAUUCGCUUGUGCAAUGAUUUGGCAACCGCAGAGGCCGAAAGAGAAAGGGGAGAUGCUGUAUCGUCAAUUGCAUGCUAUAUGAAUGAAAUGGAUAUUUCAGAGGAAAAGGCAAGAAAACAUAUUCAAGACAUUAUUAACCGUGCAUGGAAAAAAAUAAAUGGACUUUGCUCAACUCAAAAUGUUUUGAUGGAACCAUUUUUUAAUCAAGCCCGAAAUGCAGCACGUAUGGCUCAUACCCUUUAUCUAAAUGGUGAUGGGUUUGGUAUUCAGGAUCGAGAUAUCAAGAAACACAUUUUAUCACUUGUUGUUAAACCCUUCUAG